AUGGAGCUCUUGAUCCUGGUUCUGCUUCCCGUGGCCUUUCGCCUUCCCCCUGGGUCUCAGGCUGAUGAAUUUGUUCCCCCCCCAGGUGAGAUCAUUGGGGGCUGGGAAGCCCUGCCCCACUCCAGACCCUACAUGGCCUGGAUAUACAAAGCAGAGACAAGAGGUUUCGAUGUGGAGGGUUUCUGCAACAUCUUUGUCUACCUGGGAGUCCAAGACUUCAUGAAGCCAGGACAGAAGUGGCAACGGAUCCGUGCCCGUCGCUGGGUCCAGCACCCCGACUUCAACAAUGAGAACUUUGACAAUGACAUCAUGCUGCUGAAGCUGUGGCACAACGCAGAGCUGACCAAGUGGGUAGGGCUUGUCCCCCUGCCAGAGGCUAAUCACCACGUCAGCCCAGGCUCCAAGUGCAGCGUGGCCGGGUGGGGUCGGACCGGAGUGAACACCACCACCGACAGGCUGCAUGAGGCGGAGCAGGAGGUGGUGUUGGACAGCCUGUGCGGAGAACGGUACCGGCAUUACAACCCCAUCACCAUGCUGUGCGCCGGCAGCCCUCAGGCAAAUAAAUCAGCCUUCCAGGGCGAUUCCGGCGGGCCUCUGGUGUGCAACGGGGUGGUCCAGGGCAUCGUCUCCAAUGGAAAUCCACGUGGGCGACCCCCCAGUAUAUACACAAGAAUCUCCAAAUUCAUCCCCUGGAUCAAAGAAACUCUGCAGAAGCUGAGUUAAAGGAGACGCUCCCCUGUAAAGGGCAAAUGUUGCCAUACUGGGCAAUGUGCCUGUGUGGAACCCCAAGAUUCCUUAGAUGAGUGUUUUUUUUUCUAGUGGUAGAGAAAUGCUAUGAAUGGCUCAGUCCUGAAAUCCUUUGCAGCUAGAAAUACCCCAUUGAUGUUUGAAAUUUUGUUAUAUUGUCUCCCCAAGUGUCUAAUCAAUGUUUGGGACCCUACGUGUGUUCUGGUUGGAAUUAGAAAUUGACAAUGGAGUCUGGUAUUUCCUUUGCUGUGAUCUAUUUUAUUUACAAGGAAUAUCCAAAGUCCUCUUUCCCUGAACACAGUUGGAAUCAAACAGCAGCAGACAGCAACUCUGUUCAGUGUCCUAAGCCUGCAUCUCCAGCAUUCUCUGUGCCCCAAAAUCUUCUUCUCUUAGCUGUCUCUCAGGGCCACAUUCCUACGCUUCCAGGUUGUUUCUGCCUGGCUUUUUACUUUGCGUCUUACUUGCUUCUGUCCCCAUGUCUCUGUUUGUGUCUGUCCAAUCUGAAUGCCCCAUUACCCCAAGAAAAAUAUUUGGUGAAAACCUUUCCUCCUGAGUUAUCAUAAUUCCCCCAUGUGUACAGGGUUUUACUUCAGCUGAGGGGAUUCUGGAGCGAGGGUAAACAAAUUUCUGAAUUUUAUAGACCCUCUACAAAUGCUGAUCAUUAUUAUACCUAAUCCAUUCUUUGGGUUUUUAUCAUCAAAAUUCCUAGUUGCAGUGUGUCAUUGGGUGGCUUAAAAACUUUCUUUCAUCCAACCAGAGAGCAGGAAUGGGGCCAUAUGUCUUAGGUGGCCAACCUAUCACCCUGAAGCGUAGCUAGUCAAAUUAAGCAGCCCAUGACAAUAGAACAUUGAAACGAUUGCGUGAAAAAAAUUGAAAUUUUGAAUGUUUUGUUUCGCGCAUUUUGAGCCAGCCCUGACUUUUAUUUGUUUUCAGGAUUUCCUUUUCUUUUUUCCUCUCCCCACGCCACAAAUAUUUAACUAUUUAUGAUAUAUUACAUGACAGGGCCGCCCAGAGGAUUCAGGGGGCCUGGGGCAAAGCAAUUUCAGGGGCCUCUUCAAGAAAAAAAAAUUGCAAUACUAUAUUCUUGUGGGGGCCCCUGCGAGGCCCAGGGCAAAUUGCCCCACUUGCUCCCCGCCCCACGGGCGGCCCUGGGAAAAAUAAACCUUCCGCAUCUCAGCACAAAACCAGUUUUGAGAAACCUUGUAAAGAAGUUAUCACUGGUUCUCAGUAUCAGCUAGUGCUAAAAGGCACUAAAGCUCAUUAAAAGAGUUGGACAAAUAUUUUCCAUCAAAACUUUUUUUGGAUCGAAAACUAGGGGUUUUGAAAAAGCAGAAAA